AUUUUUGUAAAAUAAGAUGAUCGAAAAAGUGAAUUGUAUCAGCGCUGUCUUCAAUUACCGUCGAAUUUUUCAUUUUUUAAGAAAUUAUUGAUCAGCUUCUAGUUUAUACGAAGGUUAUACGAUUCUUUUACUUAAAGUCUAAAAGCGCGAAUGCACAAUUCUCUCUAUAUUCAUUAUGUCUAUGGUCUGAAUGCUGCAUUCAGGGCCAUGUUCAGUUGGUUCAGUGUUCAGGCCGUACAGAAGCGUGUAUGACACGUGCUCUCUAUCUCCUUCGACAACGACUAACCAUUGUCAGAUGUGCGUGUAAACAUGCAUUAGUUGGAGUGUUGAGGAAAAUUGCAGCAAGUCCACUAGAAAAGCAAUUGAAAACGAUUCGAAAACCUCGUGAAAAAAUCGUGAAUUCUACGAUCGGAUCUUAUUCUAUCGACCGACCUAAUUUUCAUUCCGAUUUACAGUGCCUCGAUAUAAUGCCAGACGCGCAGCGUGUCACCGGCGACGAUGAGCGUUGUCAGGUUGAAUAUCUGGAGACGCCCGUCAAAUCGGAAAAUGAUAAGAAGGAAUAUAGAGUCAUCAGAUUACCGAAUGGUUUAAUAGCUUUGCUAAUAUCUGACGUGCAUUCAAAGACAUGUGCUUCUCAAGAUGAAGAUGAUGAAGAAUCUAGUGAAGAUGAAAGUGGAGAGGAUGAGGAAAGUAACGAAGAGGAUGAUGAAGAGGAUGAUGAUGAAAAUGAAGAUGAAGAUGAUACAAGUGAUGAGUAUGACGAAGACGACAGUUCUUCAGUUAGACGAGUUAAGAGAGACGAAAAAAAGGCAGCCUGUGGUUUAUGUGUGGGAGUAGGUAGUUUCAGCGAUCCGUCAGAAGUUCCAGGCAUGGCACAUUUCCUCGAGCAUAUGGUCUUCAUGGGAUCUGAAAAAUAUCCACAAGAAAACGAUUUUGAUGCCUUUAUCAGUAAGCGUGGUGGCUUUACCAAUGCCUCAACGGAUUGCGAGCAUACAACAUUUUACUUUGACAUUCAAGAGAAACACUUGUUAUCAGCUCUCGACCGUUUUGCUCAAUUUUUUAUCAAACCCUUGAUGAAAAAAGAUGCCAUCACGCGGGAGCGAGAAGCUGUAGAAAGUGAAUUUCAGUUGGCCUUACCUUGCGACGACAAUAGAAAGGAACAAUUAUUUUCCUCCUUUGCGCGAACUGGUCAUCCAGCCAACAAGUUUAUUUGGGGCAAUUUAAUAACGUUGCGCGAUAACGUAGAUGACGACAAGUUGUACGAAGAACUGCACAAAUUCAGAGAACGUCAUUACAGCGCUCAUCGAAUGAAGUUGGCUAUACAAGCGAGACUACCGCUAGAUACAUUAGAAAAAUAUGUUACAACGUGUUUUGCCGACGUACCAAGUAACGAUCUGCCUCCUGACGACUUUACCGAGUUUAAAGAUGGUGUAUCUUUUGAUACUCCUGUUUUUCGAAAAAUGUAUAAAGUUAAACCUUUCAAAGAUGUCAGCCAGUUAGAAGUAACAUGGACAAUGCCUUCGCUACUUCAUUUAUACAAAAGUAAACCACAUCAAUAUAUCUCAUGGAUUAUCGGACAUGAAGGAAAAGGUUCCUUAAUUAGUUAUUUACGCAAAAAAAUGUGGAGCCUCGAUAUGUUCAGCGGUAAUAGUGAGAGCGGUUUCGAACAUAGCUCCAUGUAUGCCUUAUUAAAGCUUACUGUAGUGCUUUCCUACGAGGGACAACAACACUUGGAGGAAGUUCUAGAUGCGAUAUUUUCCUUUAUCAAUUUAUUGAAGAGGGAAGGUCCGCAGAAAAGAAUUUACGAUGAAAUUUAUAAGAUCGAAGAAAAUAAUUUUAGAUUUGCCGAUGAGGAGGAUCCAGCAGAUUAUGUGGAAGAUUUAUGCGAGAGUAUGCAUUUCUAUCCGCCGCGUGAUUACAUAACUGGGAAUGAACUUUAUUUCGAAUAUGAUCCGGAAUCUAUACAAAAAUGUUUAGAUUACUUAGUACCAGAGAAUGCGAAUAUUAUGAUCUUUAACGAAGAUUUUGACUGUCUCGAAUUAAAUAAAAUUGAGCCGUGGUUUAAAACUAAGUACACUGACAUCGAGAUACCAAAGGAAUGGAUUGAACGCUGGAAAUCCAUCAAACCAUUGCCAGACUUUCAUAUACCAUUACAGAAUACAUUCCUUACCAGCGACUUUUCUUUGAUAGAAUUACCAGUAGAGGUUCCAAAAUAUCCUGUAAAAUUGCACAAUGAUCGUAUAUCGGAAAUUUGGUAUCGUCCGGAUCAUAAAUUUCGUUUGCCGGAAUGUUACAUGAAUUUUCAUUUUGUUUCUUCUCUGGGACUUCAGUCAGCGAAGAAUACAGCUCUUAUGGAAAUGUAUUGCAAUGUACUAAAACUGCUAUUGAUCGAAGAAUUAUAUCCAGCUAUAGCGGCUGGAUUUGAUUAUAAUAUUAGUGCCAGUGAGAAAGGUAUUACAAUAAAAAUGAACGGGUUUAAUGAAAAAUUAUCACUUUUAUUGAUGGCUAUUGCAAAAUAUAUGGUGGACUAUCCAACUCUCGUUACGAAAGAUCUGUUUGAAAUUGUGAAAGUGCAACAACUUAAGACGUAUUAUAACACAUUUAUAAAACCUGGAAAACUCGUCAAAGAUGUGAGAUUAUGGAUACUAAAGCUUGUCCACUAUACACAUGUUGACACGCAUACCGCUCUACGUGGUAUUAAUUUUGAAGAAUUUCGCGAUUUUGUGAAAUCCUUUACCGAUCAUCUAUAUAUUCAAUGUCUCGUGCAAGGCAACAUGACGCAGGACGUUGCUGUCGAAACUGUACGACAAUGCGUUGAAAUAAUUAAUUGCGGCCCCUUGCUUUCUAGUACGAUACCACAAAUGAGAGUUACUCAGAUACCUUUGGGUACAUGUUAUUGCAAGUUGAAAAAUAUCAAUAAAAUUGAUGCAAAUUCCGUAGUGACGAAUUAUUAUCAAGCUGGCGUCACAUCGAUCGAAUUAUCAGUGCUAAUCGAUCUAAUGAUCAUGAUAAUGGAAGAACCAUUAUUUAAUCGGCUACGAACCCAAGAACAGCUUGGCUAUGAUGUCUCCUGCGCCCUUAGAGAUCUUAAUGGAAUUUUAGGGUAUUCCAUUACCGUUCACACGCAGGCAGAUAAAUAUACAACCGAGCACGUGGAUCAGCGGAUUGAAGAGUUUUUGAAAUCUUUUAAUAAAAUUUUGGAAGAAUUCUCACAAGAGGAAUUGGAUGACGUCAAGGAGGCACUAAGAAAAUUGAAGCAAUGUGCUGAUAUCGACCUAGAAGAGGAAGUUGACAGAAACUGGAAUGAGAUCACAAAAUGGAAAUACAUGUUUGAUAGACUUGAAAGGGAAGUGCUUGCAAUAAAAGACAUAAAAAUUAACGAACUGAGAGAAUGGGCCUCAAAGCACACACUAAAUGGAAGUAACUUUAGAAAAUUGAGCGUGCAUGUGGUAGGAACUGAUCCGAAAGAAAGUGCGAUUAAGGAAGCAAAUAAUACCACAGAGGAUCGCAAGAAAGCGCAAUAUUUCUUCCUGGAAUACAUAACCGAUGAGCAGAAUAAGGAAGCGCAAGAUCAUCAUAUUACUAACGUAGAAGAUUACAAGAAAAAUCUCUACGUUUAUCCAGUAAGUGAGGGGAUUAAUCCUCUCAGAGCGCUGAAUAAAUGAUACUUUAAUAAUAGUAUAAUAAUAAUAAAAAAAUUAUAAAUUAUA